UCUCUCCCUCCUCUCUCUCUUCAAAGGUUGAAAGGAGAGAGAAAGAAACAAAGGGAAAGGGAGGAAAAAGAGCUCCUCUUCUCUCAUACAAGCGAAAUGAGAUAAAAAAGGCUGCAAUUUUCUAAACUCUAAAACCCCUAUUCCUCAAAAAUCCCCAAAGUUCUUCCCAAAAUACUCCCCAAGAUUUCGAGAAUUUGUAUCCCCGUUCUGAUCGCCAAGUUUGCUCCUUCGGUUGGGGGGAUUUGAGAGAGGAUAAUGUCCUCAGCUCCAACCGGGCUUCCAUUGAGGGAGGCAUCGCAUCAGGAGUCGGAUAAUUUGAGGUUUUCUAAUCUAAGAGGGGUUCGAUGGAGAGUUGAUCUAGGGAUUCUUCCGUCGUCUCCGCCCGCUUCGAUCGAGGAGCUUCGUCGUGUUGCUGCUGAUUGCAGGAGGAGGUAUGCAAGUCUGAGGCGGCAUCUACUCAUUGACCUUCAUCUCCCAAAAGAUGGCAACAGAUCUCCUGAUCUUACUAUGGACAACCCUUUAUCUCAAAAUCCAGAUAGCACAUGGGGUCGAUUCUUCCGAAAUGCAGAGUUGGAGAAAUUGGUUGACAAUGAUUUGUCACGGUUGUAUCCAGAGCAUGAGAACUAUUUUCAGUCACCGGCAUGCCAGGCCAUGUUAAGAAGAAUAUUGUUGGUAUGGUGCCUUAGACACCCAGAAUAUGGAUAUAGACAAGGAAUGCAUGAACUAUUGGCUCCUCUACUCUAUGUGCUCCAUGUUGAUCUCAAAUACCUGUCUCAAGUCCGAGCACUUUAUGAAGACUGCUUCAAUGAUGAAUUUGACGAGAUGAACUUUCCCGAGGGUGACCUCGUCUCCAACUACCGAUUCACGAAGUCGUCUAGCUGGGAUUCUAGGAGUGACAGUGAUAACUUUCCAGAAGACUACCCCAAAGUCACCAGCCUUGAUGAUCUUGAUCCAGAAACCAAGGAAUUGUUCUUGCUAAGUGAUGUCUAUGGAGCUGAAGGCGAGUUAGGUGUGAUCCUUUCAGAGCGAUUCAUGGAGCAUGAUGCAUAUUGUAUGUUUGAUGGUCUGAUGAGUGGGGCUCGUGGAGUGGUUGCAAUGGCCGACUUCUUCACCCCUACUCCUAUGGUUGGAUCUAGCACAGGCUUACCUCCUGUGAUUGAAGCCUCAGCAGCUUUGUACCAUCUGCUAUCUAUUGUAGACUCUUCUCUCCAUAGCCACCUCGUUGAGCUUGGUGUUGAACCCCAGUAUUUUGCACUUAGGUGGCUUCGUGUCCUCUUUGGCCGGGAGUUCUCUCUUGAUGACCUCUUGCUAAUAUGGGACACACUUUUUUCUUCUUCAAAUAUUUCUUCUGUAGAGAAUGAACAUGAGUGCAAUUUCAAAAUCUUGUGCUCUCCUCGUGGAGCCUUCAUUUCGGCCGUGGCUGUUUCAAUGCUUCUUCACUUGAGAUCUUCUUUAUUAGCAACAGAGAUAGCCACCUCUUGCCUCCAGAGAUUGCUCAACUUUCCAAAGAAAGUAGAUGUUAAAAAACUGAUAGAAAAGGCAAAGGCUUGGCAGUCUCUUGCUCUUGAGGCAAACGUCAUGUCUCCACCAGAGAAUAGUUCAAAGCGAGAGGUUAGCAGAGCCAGGAGCAUUCCAACUGAUGCAUGUUCGCCUAAAACUCCAAACCAGUCGUUACCUGAUAGUUAUUGGGAGGAGAAGUGGAGAGUGCUUCAUGAGGAAAUAUCAUCUCCAAAGAAUGGUAGUCAUCCAGUGUCACAUGGAAAGAUAAAGAAACUAUUAGGAGAUAGGUUUGGCUUAGCGAGGACUGGGUCAUAUCCCUCAGCAACUAAAAGGGAUUCUCGGUCUUCUACUGUUAGGCGUAGACUUCUUGAUGAUUUUACUGAUGCAAAUAAUAACCCGAAACCUAAUGGAGUUCCAGAACUUGCUAAGGAAAAUGAGCCUCGCCCUCUAGACGUGGACAGAGAGAAGUCUCUACCUGAUGAACCCACUGAUCAAUCUGUUGCAGGGAGGUUGUCUGAUUGUACGACAGAAGAAACAUGCUUGAGCGGAGAGAACUCUUCUGUGUUCUCUACAGCUAAUAGUCCUCAUAUUAUGGAAAAUGACCCUGAUAAUGAUUCGGAGAAGAGUAGUCUUACUUCAAAUUCUUCUGUCGCAGACAAUGAUGAAGACACCAAUCAAGUGGAAGAUAAUCAAGAUGUGGAAUCUACCUGUUCUACUAAUGCUACUGCUGCUUGCACAAGUGAAAUUGUACCUGUUAAAGAUGGAGAAGUGAAACAGGGUGCAGGAUUAAAGGAUAGGAAGCCACUAUCUGGUAAGUUACAGUGGUUUUUAAGGUUCGGCAGAAGCUCUGGUGAACCAAACUCGGAGAAAGGGGCAUUAAAUGUUGAAAAUGUCUGUAAUCAAAGUAAUGGGACUUCAACUUCAGAAUGCAAGUCUUCUGGAGAUACUGCAAGGAUAGAAGUUGGAGACAAGAAAGUGAUGGGCACCCUGAAGAACCUUGGACAAUCCAUGAUUGAGAAUAUUCAGGUGAUUGAGUCGGUCUUCCAGCAAGAUCGAGGCCAAACUGGCAACAUUCUUGGGAGCAAAGGGCAGGCCAAAGCAAUGGCAGCCCUCAAGGAACUCCGAAAAAUUAGUAACAUAUUGUCCGAGAUGUGAGGUUAGCUGUGUAUUUAAAUUUAUGUACGCAUAUUGUAAUUACCAUUCUUCUUGGCCUAGCAAUAAGAAGAGAAAAAGUGCUUCUAGGCCUAUUUUCCUUUAUCUCUAGUCAUCACUAUGAUGUAAAUAUCCUCAAUUCAUGAGUGAGGUCUUUCAUUACUAUCUUCGCAUUCCUUGUAAACUCUCUGAUAAGAACAAGAAGUGACAGUUUUGUAAGUUAAAUGUAUACUGUCAUUUUAAGAAUAAAUUUUGGGAAUGAUCUUAGUAUUUACUAUUUAAUAAUA